UGUUUCGCAAUCAAUUAUCGUCAUAGUUUGUUUUUCUGAAAUUCCUAAACCUCUGAUCUUGUCUGUUCCAUUUGUCAUCCAUAGAUUCCGCCACGAUAGUCUGAUACGAUGAAUCGGAAGAUGGCAUCUUUGUCGAAAUGGUUAUUCUUAUUCAUCUUCUUCCUGUCCAUAAACCGGUCCGUUUCCGACCCAAGAGCGUCGGAGGCGGCUCUGAUAUGCACCAACAGAACGGCGCCGCAAUCUCAGCGCCAGGCAUAUGUUGCCAACUUCGUGGCCGCCCUGGACGCCUUGACGCCGCUCGUCGACUCGAAGAAAUACGGGGAAACGGUCAUCGGAGCGGGGAACGCGACGGUUUACGCGUUCGGGGAGUGCAUGAAGGACUUGUCGCAGACGGAUUGUAAUCUCUGCUUUGCCCAGUGCAAGACCCAGAUUCUGCGGUGCUUGCCGUUCCAGCGUCUGGUUCGCGGCGGCCGCCUGUUUUACGACGGGUGUUUCGUGAGGUACGAUGAUUACGUGUUCUUUAACGAAAGCUCGAGUCUUUCGGAUAAGACGGUCUGCGGGGCGGAGGAUUUCGGCGGGAAUUCGGGGUUGUUCCGCCGGAAUGCGGCGGCGUUGGUGGGUGAAUUGGGCCGGAAAGCGGCGGCGAAUGAUGGGUUCUUCACGGCGGCCGUCGGAAGAGGAAAUUCGACGGUGUACGGGCUGGCGCAGUGCUGGGAGUUUGUGCGAGGAAAAUCCUGCGACGAUUGCUUGGCCGCCGCGGUUUCCAAGAUUGGUUCUUGUCUUCCUAAGGAAGAAGGAAGGGUCUUGAAUGCUGGGUGUUAUAUGAGGUAUUCGACAAAGAAAUUCUAUGAUAAUUCCACCAUUCCUGCGACAAAUCAAAGUGGAGGAAGAUCCAAUCACUUGCCAGUGAUUCUGGCCACGACAUUUGGUUCCUUUGCUUUCCUCCUUAUCCUAGGAUCUGUUGCUUUCAUUGUUAGGAAGAGGAUUGUGAAGCAGAGGAAAGAAAGAAAGCGGCUUGGUGCUAUGCUGGUAACGGUUAACAAAUCGAAGCUCAACUUUUCUUAUGAAACGCUUGAGAAGGCUACAGAUUACUUUGAUGAUUCGAAUAAAUUGGGGCAGGGAGGAUCUGGUUGUGUAUACAAAGGGGUUUUGCCGGAUGGCAAAACCGUGGCGAUAAAGAGGCUUUUCUUCAACACGACGCAGUGGGCAGAUCAUUUCUUCAACGAGGUUAACCUGAUCAGCGGCAUCCAUCACAAGAACCUCGUGAAGCUGCUAGGCUGCAGCAUCACAGGGCCCGAAAGUCUCCUCGUUUAUGAAUUUGUACCCAACCAAAGCCUUUAUGACUACACCUCGGCCAGAAAGAACCACCAACCUUUGAGUUGGGAGCAAAGGUACAAAAUCAUAUUGGGCACGGCAGAGGGCUUGGCUUAUCUCCACGAAGAAACCGAGCUAUGUAUCAUUCACCGAGACAUAAAGCUAAGCAAUGUGCUUCUAGACGAGGAAUUCACACCAAAAAUUGCUGAUUUUGGUCUUGUGCGGCUUUUCCCCGAGGAUAAGAGCCAUAUUAGCACAGCCGUGGCUGGCACACUGGGUUACAUGGCUCCCGAAUAUGUAGUUCAAGGGAAAUUGACUGAGAAAGCGGAUGUAUAUAGUUUCGGGGUUCUAGUCAUUGAAGUUGUCUCUGGAAAGAAGAAUAGCUCGUUUUAUCAGGCUUCCGUUUCUCUCCUGCAACAGCAUUGGAACCUGUUUCGUGCUGGAAAACUGUAUGAAGCAGUGGAUGGUUCUCUGGAAGAACGAGCCCGAGUGGAAGCGACGAGGCAGCUUCAAAUAGGCCUAGUUUGUGUGCAGGCCUCACCCGAGCUACGCCCCUCCAUGUCUGCUGUGGUGAAGAUGAUCAGUGGUGACCAAGACAUUCCCCAGCCAACACAGCCGCCUUUCCUCACAUCCAACAGCGCAGCAUCCAGCGGCUCGUACCCUAAUCGUGGCGGCGUUACACCUUACUCUCAGCCCUCUUCAUCCACCCAAUCCUCGGUGAACACCAUGACAGAAAGCUGGAUUGACCCCAGAUGACGUUGCCUGGGCUUUUAGCGUCUUGUUCAUAAACGCCUAUGACAUCAUUCAAUCUCAAUCAGGCAACUAUGGAUCUAUGGCUCAAUCAUGACAGCUCCACUUAGUGAAGCAACUAUAGUUUACCCAGGUCAGCUUGGCAUUGACUUGAUUUCGGCUUCCAUUUGUGCCCCAUGAUCCAUGAACACGUUUUAGAUAAUCAUAAGUUUGGAAAUUGAAAUUGAAAAUUGCAAGUUGUAAUGCAAGUUGCAGCUUGCACCCUCCCAAUUGUGUUUGUGUAUAGGAAGUAUCUUAGGGUAGGGGCUGUUUGUCUGUAUUGUUCUUUAAUAUUCCAAUAUGUAUAGUGGCUGCAUGUUGAUUAGCUGUUCAUAAUACUUUUGAAAGCAAUAUCUAGCAUAUAAUAUCAAUUUUCAGUC